GCGGCAGCAUCAGCAGCGAAACCGGCGACAGCGCCGGCGGUGGAGGUGCUGCCGCGGUCGCCGCCGCCCCCUCGCGGCUUCCUUUCCCCCGGGCCCGAGCGGCGGCCGCCGCCGCCACCAUCAUCGCCACGCUGAGCUCCUCUCGGGGGCUCCUCCGCCGCAGCGCAGGUGAGGCUUCGCAGAAGGCUUCGCAGGCUCGGCCCGCUGCUCUUCGACGCCUGGCCCGGGCGCCCCUGCUUGGCCUUGAGUACCAGGCCUUUUUGAGACUCGGCUUCCUUUGUGAACGGGAGCUCCAUUUCUCUGCAGGGUGGAUGAGUGAGUUACCUUGUGCAGGAUGAAGUCCAGUGUACGUGGAGGUGACUACAAUUGCACUUGAGUGUCACGGAACCAAUAAAACAGCUGGAAAGAUGGUGCUCAGGAAAUCAAAUGUUCUCAAAGAUUCUUUCAGGACCAAAGCUGCUGUCACGCUGAAGCGCCACAGGUAGCCUUGUUUCGGACGGACCUUUCCGGCAUUUGACCCUUUUGCAGUGGAAUAUCGGAAACGCACAAAUCUGGGUUUGAAACAAUGAGUUCGGUCGCCGUGUUAACACCCGAGAGCUUUGCUGAGCACCGCAGCGGCCUGAGGGAAGAAGAAUCACAAGGUGGUGUCCCAGAAGAUGAGGCCUACAUCCCAACUUACUUGGAAGCUUUCCCACCGCUCCCGGAAAAGGGGGCUCCGGGGGAAAGAUCCAGUGAGUUCACAGGAGUAUGGAACAAAAUCCGGCCUAUCAAAUCUUCGGUCAUCACCCAGGUGUUUCACGUCCCUCUGGAAGAGCGACGCUACAAGGACAACAGCCAGUUUGGAGAAGGUGAUGAAGCCAAAGUCUGCGUGGACAUUAUGCAGAAGACGGGGGCUCAUAUUGAGCUUUCCUUGGCCAAGGACCAGGGCCUGUCCAUCAUGGUGACUGGCAAACUGGACUCUGUGAUGAAAGCACGGAAGGAAAUUGUCGCUCGGCUUCAGACCCAGGCUUCAGCUACUGUCACAAUCCCCAAAGAACACCAUCGCUUUGUGAUCGGCAAGAACGGCGAGAAACUGCAGGAGCUCGAGCUAAAGACGGCCACCAAGAUCAACAUCCCACGACCCGAGGAUCCCAGCAGCCAGAUCAAGAUCACGGGCACCAAAGAAGGCAUUGAGAAAGCACGUCAUGAGAUCUUGCUCAUCUCAGCAGAGCAGGACAAACGAGCAGUGGAGCGCUUGAACCUGGAGAAGGUCUUUCACCCAUUCAUCGCUGGGGCUUUCAACAAAACAGUCCAGGAGAUCAUGCAGGAGACAGGGGCACGCAUCAACAUCCCCCCGCCCAGUGUCAGCAAGGAUGAGAUCAUCAUUACUGGAGAGAAGGAACCUGUCUCCCAGGCUCUUCUGCGUAUCCGCAAGAUCUACGAGGAGAAGAAGCGCAAGACCACCACCAUCUCUGUGGAGGUAAAGAAGUCCCAGCACAAGUACAUCAUCGGCCCAAAAGGAAACACCUUGCAGGAAAUCCUAGAUACCACAGGAGUCUCGGUGGAGAUGCCGCCCCUUGAAAGCAGCUCUGAAACCAUCAUUCUGCGUGGAGAGCCAGACAAACUGGGGCCAGCCCUAACUCAGGUCUAUGCCAAGGCGAAGAGUGUGAUGGUAGCUGAAGUAAUGGCCCCAGCCUGGUUACAUCGUUUUAUAAUUGGGAAGAAAGGACAGAAUAUUGGCAGAAUUACCCAGCAACUCCCUAAGGUUCACAUUGAAUUCACUGAUGGCGAUGAGAAGAUUACUCUAGAAGGACCCACUGAGGAGGUGGAAUUGGCCCAAAACCAGAUUCAAGAAAUCAUUCGGGACCUGCUCAGACGGAUGGACUACACUGAAGUGCUUAUUGACCAGAGAUUUCAUCGUCAUCUGAUUGGGAAAAACGGAGCUAACAUCAACCGCAUCAAGGAACAGCACAAAGUCUCAGUCCGCAUUCCUCCCGACAGCGAGAAGAGCAACUUGAUCCGGAUUGAGGGAGACCCUCAAGGGGUUCAGCUGGCUCGUAAGGAACUCCUGGAAAUGGCAGCCCGGAUGGAAAAUGAACGCACCAAGGACCUGAUCAUUGAACAGCGCUUUCACCGGACAAUCAUUGGGCAGAAAGGCGAGAAAAUUAAAGAAGUCCGGGACAAAUUUCCAGAAGUAAUCAUCAAUUUCCCCGACCCUUCACAGAAGAGUGACAUUGUACAGUUGCGUGGGCCCAAAAACGAGGUGGAGAAAUGUGCGAAAUACCUACAAAAAGUCAUUGCAGAAUUGAUUGAAAACAGUUUUUCCAUCCCGGUUCCCAUUUUCAAGCAAUUCCACAAGAACAUCAUUGGGAAAGGAGGCACCAAUAUCAAAAAGAUUCGAGAGGAAACCAAUACCAAGAUUGACCUCCCUACAGAAAACAGCAAUUCUGAAGUGAUCCUGAUCACUGGGAAGAAGGCCAAUUGUGAGGAUGCUCGGGAUCGUAUCUUGGCCAUCCAGAGAGAGCUGGCUAACAUCAGGGAAAUGGAUAUCUCCAUCCCAGCCAAACUGCACAAUUCGCUGAUAGGAGCCAAGGGGCGGCUGGUGCGUUCAAUCAUGGAGGAAUGCGGCGGGGUGCACAUUCAUUUCCCUUCUGAAGGCUCGGGCAGCGAGAAAGUCACCAUCCGAGGCCCCGGGGAAGAGGUGGAAAGAGCGAAGCGCCAGUUGCUGCAUCUCGCUGAGGAAAAACAAAUCAGCAAUCACUCAGUGGAACUGCACGCUAAGCCAGAUUACCACAAGUUCCUGAUUGGGCGUGGAGGUGCUAAUAUCCGCAAAGUGAGGGACCGUACCGGUGCCCGGAUCAUGUUCCCCACUCCUGAAGAUAAGGACCAGGAUAUUAUCACUAUCAUGGGGAAGGAGGAUGCAGUACGGCAGGCCCAGCAAGAACUGGAGAGUCUCAUCCAUAACUUGGAUAAUGUCAUUGAAGACUCGAUGGUGGUGGAUCCCAAGUACCAUCGCCAUUUUGUGGCCCGUCGGGGACAUGUGCUGCGGGAGAUUGCAGAAGAGUACGGUGGGGUCACUGUGAGUUUCCCCCGGACAGGUGUCCAGAGUGAUCACGUGACGCUCAAGGGAGCCAAGGAUUGCGUGGAGGCCGCCAAGAAGCGCAUCUUGGAGAUCAUCGGUGACCUGGAGGCCCAGGUGGUCCUGGAAUGCAUCAUCCCUCAGUGCUACCAUCGGGUCGUCAUGGGGGCGAAAGGUUACAAGGUACAACAAAUCACUCGGGAUCACAAUGUCUUCAUCAAGUUUCCGGAACGAGAUGACAAUUCAGGUUCAGAAGCACAGUCUCAGGAAAACGGUGACAUGAUCCCCGAACUGGACACAAGUCCUCGCAAAUGUGACAUCAUCCUCAUUUCCGGACGCAAGGAGAAGUGCGAGGCUGCCCGGGCUGCUCUGCUGGCUCUGGUACCCAUCACCAUGGACGUUGACGUUCCCUUUGAUCUGCAUCGCUACAUCAUUCGGCAAAAGGGAGCGGGCAUUCGGAAGAUGAUGGAGGAAUACGAGGUGACCAUCUCAGUGCCGCAGCCUGAGCAGCAGUCCGAUAUCAUCAAGGUCACCGGGCUAGUGCCCAACGUGGAGCGAGCCAAGGCCGGCCUCCUGGACAGGGUCAGAGAGUUGCAGGCUGAACAAGAAGACCGGGCCCUGCGAGGGUUCAAACUGACAGUGAGCGUGGAGUCCAAGUACCAUCCCAAGAUCAUCGGCAAAAAAGGGGCAGUCAUUUCCCAGAUCCGUAAGGACCACGAUGUCACUGUCCAGUUCCCCGACAAAGGGGACGAGCAUCAGGAACUCAUCACAAUCACCGGCUAUGAGAAAAACACUGAGGCUGCCCGAGAUGCCAUCUUGAAAAUUGUAGCCGAUCUUGAGGAGAUGGUCAGCGAAGAUGUCCGCCUGGAUCACAGAGUCCACGCCCGCAUCAUCGGUGGGAGAGGCAAAGCCAUCCGCAAACUCAUGGAAGAAUUCCGGGUGGAUAUCCGCUUCCCGCAGCCAGGUGCCAGCGACCCAGAUAGAGUCACCGUGACAGGGCUGCCUGAAAACGUAGAUGAUGCCAUCGACCACAUGCUUAACCUGGAAGAGGAAUAUAUGAUGGAUGUGGUGGAAACAGAAACCAUGGCUGCUUACAUGAAACCUCCCUCCCGCUUGGAAGAGGAGCCUCGGGGCCCCGCCAAGGGAUUUGUAGUGCGUGACGCCCCCUGGAAUGCAUCUGGGAACAAGGCCCCAGAUGUGAGCAGCGCCGAAGAGUUCCCCAUUUUUGGCACCGGCGUGGUCCCUAAGCAGGCAUCGGUUUGGGGCCCCAAGAAGUUUUGAGGCCAGGGACCACCACGGCUGGCUCGCCAGGCAGGGCCUCAUGGUCUGGGGGGAGCCUCAGUGGCACCACCAGCUCCCUGCCACCAGCCGUCACUCUUCCUCUCCGAGACUCUCUCCUCUUCCUCCUCGCCCGUGACUCUGUGCAAAACCAUUAACCAAUCAAAAAAGCCAUAGCCUCCCUCCUGUUCCUUUCUUCUUGUGGAGCCAAAAGUAGGCCAGGUUUUAAGCACACCUAUGUUCAAGGAGCCUUGUGCAGCUAGUGGGGUUCCCCCCCCCCAACUCCAUUUGCCAGAUUUCAGGGCAUUAAACUCCUUGCUUGAACCCCCUUGCUUCCGCCUCUCAGCCGUGAAAGAAGUCCUGAACCUUUCCUGUCCAGUUCCUUCUCUUCUCAGGGUGACCUGGGCCCAUUCACAUCUCCUGGAAGAGCUGGAAGGAGAGGGGUUUGUUGGGGGAGAGGUUCAGACUUGCUGGAGUACAAUUCCUCGCUCACCCAACCAUCACGCUCUGCUUUCGGAUGCCAGAAGCGGCUUCAGCUUGGCUUGUUUCCUGGCUCUGCUCUGCUAGUGAAUUUGGAGCUGGGAAGGACCAAAACUGGAGGAAGAAACAUUCUUGCAAAGAGAGAGGGUUUGUGUGUGUGUGUGUGUGUGUGUGUGUGUGUGUGUAGGUAGAUCUAGAAAUGAGAUUCUGGCUUGCUGUGGGUGAAAGGCCCACUUUGGAAGCAGGUAGCACUUAGAAACUUUGACAACUAGCAGCCUUCCUUCUCCACCUCCUCCUCCCUUUUCACAUCGGUGACCCCUCUCUGGAGUCUGAAAAUGUUCUUUUUUUCCCUCUUCCUCCAUUUUCAGCUAUUUCUCAUCUCCUUUCCCCCAGCUCCCCCUUUCUUCCCUUUCCCUUUGUCUUCCAUCUACUCGCUUUGAACAGUGUCAAGGGAAAAUAGGCAACCAUUGGUCCAAGAGGCAGAUGUUCUUGUCGACUUCCCUUUUUUGGUGACUAGUCCUCAUCAUACUUCCCAGGUUUUAAACUGUGAUUUCUCAAGCGGGAGGGUAUGUUCGGGCGUGUGUCCACACGAGAGCGCGUGGGUUUAAGUGAGAAAGGCGAAGGUGUGAGUUAAUACCCCCUCCCUAGCUCCAUCUCUUCUCUUGCCACCAACAAUCCAGGUUGUCCUGGCUGUGCGAUGGGGCACAACAUAACAAAUGAAAAAAAGGAAAAGGAAAAAACGACAACAACCUGGAAGAGCGACAUAACCCAGUUUUUCCUUUUUUCUUCUUUUUUUCUUUUCCUUCUGAGGAAGGCAAGGUUUUGGGGAGAAAUAAAAAUAUGACAAAAAUCAGAAGACACUAUUGGCCUUAACAGGGGGUGGGGGGAAAACAACGGGGCGGGGCAUGAGAAGGAGGGAAAAGGGAACUUACGUUUGACAAAGGAAAUAUGCAAACUCUGUAGGUCACACAGUGACUGGAUUUUUUUUCUAAUUCCAAAU